AUGAGCAGAAGAAAAGGGAGUAAUCCAAGAAGAAAAGAUACCGAUUUUGAACGAAGAUUGCUCGUUCCGAGAGAUUCAACUACUACCAACAGCAAUUCUGCAAGACAGUUAUUUGAUCCUCGUUCAGAUAAUCCAAUAGCUUUCAACAAGCAACAGCAACCGAAAAGCGAAAGUGAACCUGAGAUCACUGAAAGACAUGUGCAUUCUGGGCAACAUUCAGUAGCAAUGUCGCCUGCAAACUCCAUAAGAAGAGAGGUAUCAGACAGUGACUUGGAGGUGCCAUCUAGAAGACCACCUCCUCCAGCCGGAAGACGUUUGUGGAGUGCAGACGGACCAUCUCUGACACAACCCAAUAGCCCUCAGAAACCCGAAAAACCAAACACAAGAAGAUCAAUUCCAGCUACCAACAAGUCAAUAGUCAGUAAGAAACAUCAGCCGGAUGUCGAUUGCAAGAAAGAUGCAGCCAAUCAUUCGAAACAAGGUAGCAAAGAUGCAUCUAUGCCUGAGGAGGAUCCAGCAAACGAAGCCAAGAAGAAAAAACUGAAGGCGCUGAUCUCGUCGUUGAAAUCGAUCGAAGCCAAGCUCGAACAAGUCUCCAUUACAUCUCGCUCUUUACCAUGUUUUAAUGAAAACAACCAGAUUACACAGCAAGUUGUUUCGCAUGACCGCCGCAGAGAUUUGUCUAGAGGAGACCGAAAAGUGGAUGUACAGGAACAAUCAGUGAUAGUGGAACAGGAUAUUGUGGAUGUUGAGAACAUUUGGAAAGAAAAGAUCAGUCUGCAUCUAUCAUUAGGCGAGAAAUACCUGGAGAUUUUAACCUGUGAUCUGGAAUACGCUGAAAAGAAGGGAUUAGAGAGUUUAUGCUGGAAGCGUGCCGUAUAUAGCUUGGUAGAUCAAUUCAGAAGAGCUUUGCGAAAAUCAGCAAGUGACAUUGCAGCUCUCAAUGCGGCCGCAGCUACGCCAAAUUCAGUCGAAGCUUCUAGUAAGGCGCAAAGCGAAUUAGAAGCCAUGCUAUUUGAAGACGACGACGGCAGUGAUAGCAAUGUUACUGAAAUACCUGUGAUCCAUGAAGGUGGCGGCAUGACAUUUAUCAAGGUGGAGAAGCCCAAGCCUGAAGAAACAAAACUGAAUGAGAACAGACUACACCUGAAGCAAGCAAGAAUGAUGUCGACUUUAUUUCUACAUUAUCUUGAAUUAGCUGACGAUUUCUACCUGAAAUUAUCCUUGUUUUUGAAAAGAGUGGACGAUGAUUCGAAUAAGAAUAUGGACACAUAUUUGAACCUAUGGCGACGUACUCGGAAAUACAAAUGGUACACAUGCAUUUCUUUGAGAGGGGAUAUUGCUAGAUAUCGUUGGGCAUACACACCUGAAAAAGAAGACUUCUCUGAGCUACUAGAGCAAGAUGAAGCAGCUCAAGAGCCUAUCACAACAUGGACUAAAGAAGAAGCAUUUAAAGAAGCCUGGAAGUUUUACUCGAUUGGAACAUGGUUGAUGCCUGCCAAGGGAAACUUGUACUUUAACCUCUCCUUGCUACUGCAACAACCACCACACUUUCACACACAAGGCCAGGAUUUCCACAAGCUCUACUUUAGUACUCGCAGUUUGAUGGUCCGCCGCAAUGGCUUUUUGAAUGCAAGAGAGAGUAUGCUUGCUCUGUUUGAAGGCAAUCGUCGUUGGGUGCAGAAAAAUAUCGAGUCAAGCAAAAAUACCAGUGGCUUGAGAUCAAAAUCAAGACGAUCCAAGGGCCCAAGGAUGAAUAUGGAAAUUGACAAAAGUAUCACCAUUCCUGCGUUGUUUGUUCGACUCCAUGGCAUGCUGUUCACCAAGAUUGGCUUGGACGAAUUCCCUAGGAUCAAGGGUGCUUUCUUUGAAAGUUUGUUUGAAAUCAAUCAUACGCAACCAAAGCAGGACGGGUUUGAUCAGCCUAUUGUUCUCGACACGCAAGCCUCGAAGCCAGCGUUGCAUGACCCCAAGAAGCUUUCGGAAUCUCAUCUGUUUUGGCUUGAAACUGUGAUUGUAUGUCUCUCAUCUCUUUACACGUACGAUUUUGCCAAUUCCAAAUUUACCAAACUGCUUUCAACCAAUUCUGCCAAACGAUUCAGUCUUGAAACCAGCAAUGAACAAGUGUAUCAAACCCUGGCUGAAGAAAUUGGUGAUAGUGUAUUAUUCUCGCAUGAGGUGGAUUUAACGUGCCAAAUCGCAGUGGAGUUACUUCGUCGCUAUCUGGAUCCUCUGUUACCAAGCCCAUCAGUACCUCGAUUACCUGCAUUGCCUCAUGUGGUGCUCAAUUUCACUGAAAAUGAAGAGUUUUUGUUUGGACCUGUGCUCGACAACAAUGGAACAAGAAUUCACAAGAGUGCAUCCGGCAAACACGAGCAAACCAACGAUGCCGAUACCGAUGCUUUUGCCUGGCUUGUCUAUAUUGAGAUACUCCUUCACUGGAUGGUAUUGAAUGGUGUUUGCAUAAGAUCCAAAGACCAGGUGUCCUUAUGGGAAACAAUCGUAGGCGAUAUUGGCUAUGAUUUCAUCUUUCCGCAAGGCAAACGAUUGACUGCUGCUAAUGAGAAUCGCACUUCCAAGGUAUCACCUGCAUUCUGGCCAUUGCUACUCCAAUUCUUAAACAAAUUGCUAUCCGAACUACCAACUGAGGAGAAAUACGACAUGGUGAACAAACAUUUAUUGGACGACGAAGAGGAACUUGCAGACAGUCAAACAACAGACAAGACAUCCAGAGCUAAAUCCUCAGAUUUGGAGUAUGCAUUUACCAAAAAGAUAUUGGCAAUCUUAGGAAAUGAACCAGACUUGCCUGAAGAAAGCCUUUUGAGAGGAUUGGGAUGGGUUGAUGAGAUUCACGGAAGAUUCUUGAAGCUGGAGUCGGAUAACAAGUCAUUCAAGUCUGAACAUUCGGAUGCCAACACCAUUUCUCGACGCAAGCUAAAAAUUUUAGACUAUGGCUUCACGUUGGUCAAGCACUUGGAUGACAUCUUGUACUAUGACCCUGUGGAGGAGAUUUUCACCAUCUCCAAGAGUGUAGAAGAGCGAGCUGUGGCACUGGCCAAUGAAGCGACAAACCAAUCUCAGAAGCUGGAACAUAACACGGAUGACUUGUAUGAUGAUAUUCAAGAUGAAGCCUCGCUUAUUGGCGCUACGACGAUUGCAGAGAUGGACGAUGAUGUAUUACUGUCCAGCGAGACUGAUUUCGAUGAGCAAAACGAAGGCGAUGAUCUCAUGACUCAACUCAAGAAACGUCGAGAGCAACUGCAAUCCAUCGUUGUUUCUAGCGAAGCUGAAGAAAGAUUUGGCUAUCGUCGUCUGCCUGCCCGUGUCAAGGAAAGAGAAGCCCGCCUGAACUACUUGAGAGAAUGCAUUAUUCCAGGUAAAACCAUCUUGGUGUUUGAUACCAACUGUUUCAUUGGACAUCUCGAUUUGGUCAAAAAGUUGUUCAAAUGUCAAAAAUGGUCUAUCAUUGUUCCUCUUGUUGUCGUCACUGAAUUGGACGGUCUUCGAACCAAUACGCAUCGAUUGGGUGUAAUGGCUCAACAAGGCAUUGAACUUUUGCAAACCACAUUAGCCGCAAAACCAAAACAAAGCACAUCUCUUCGUAUACAAACAUCUCACAACAACUUUAUGAAUGAUAUAUCUAUUCGAUCUGAGCAAUUUGUUUUUGGGGAAAGCGACAAGAAUUUGGACGAUUUGAUCCUCUCUACCUGUUUAUGGUGGAUAGCACAACAGCAGCAAAAUGCCCAAGAAAAGUCUGCUGAGAAGGCUGUGCCUGUUUGUUUAGUCACUGGAGAUAGAAACUUGAGCGUAAAGGCUCGUGCUCGUGAUGUAGAGGUAGUUCCAGUGUCUGCCAUUAUUCAGUUAACCCCUAAAUAA